GAAUGACUUCCAUACUGGCUGGACAAUCAUUAUUAACCUCAAAAGAGUGCCAGAACAACAACCACAAAGCACAAAAGUUCGAUUGUGAUAAAGGAGCGGGCGAGAAUUGCUACAGUUCAGUCAAUUCUGGCGGCCAUUUUCUCGUUAUUUACGUUAGGGGCGCUCUUGUGGACGAUAGCAGCGCCACCAACGGAUCUCUAACCGAAUCAGAAGCCUGUCGAGGAGAAAGAACAAAUGCCCCUAAGUCCGCCAGCGGGAGCACGAUCAAACAUGGUGGUCCAGGCCCCACCGAGCCUAUAACACGACACGCCAAGUCGCUACGUGCCUUCGGCCGUCCGUAGACAGUUCGGAUUUCGUGGUACACCUUGUGCACAUCUUCCUCGUGGGCCCGCGAGCCUGGAAGAUGGAGCUGCGUGUCGGGAAUAAGUACCGGCUCGGACGGAAAAUCGGGAGCGGCUCCUUCGGCGACAUUUAUCUAGGUACCAAUAUCUCCACAGGCGAGGAAGUCGCCAUCAAGCUGGAAUGCAUAAAAACGCGACACCCUCAACUACACAUAGAGUCCAAGUUCUACAAGAUGAUGCAGGGUGGUGUUGGCAUCCCUACGAUAAAAUGGUGUGGAUCGGAAGGUGAUUACAAUGUGAUGGUGAUGGAGCUGCUAGGUCCAUCCUUGGAAGAUCUAUUUAAUUUCUGCUCCAGAAGAUUUACUCUCAAGACAGUCCUUCUUCUUGCGGAUCAGCUAAUAAGUAGAACGGACUACAUUCACAGUCGCCAUUUUAUUCACCGGGACAUCAAGCCUGACAACUUCCUGAUGGGCUUGGGGAAGAAAGGCAAUCUCGUGUACAUUAUAGACUUUGGACUGGCUAAGAAAUAUCGCGAUGGUCGCACUCACAAGCAUAUACCGUACCGAGAGAACAAGAAUCUCACAGGAACGGCAAGAUACGCCAGUAUAAACACACAUCUAGGAAUCGAGCAGUCACGAAGGGACGACCUCGAAUCUCUUGGUUACGUACUGAUGUACUUCAACAGAGGCAGCUUACCUUGGCAGGGCUUGAAGGCUGCCACCAAGAGGCAAAAGUACGAGCGCAUUUCCGAGAAAAAGAUGUCUACGCCGAUAGAGGAACUAUGCAAAGGCUACCCAGCUGAAUUCGCGACAUAUCUGAGGCACUGCAGACAGUUGCGCUUUGAGGAAAGGCCGGACUAUCCUUACCUAAGGCAGCUCUUCCGGACACUCUUCCAUAGCCAAGGUUUCACUUACGACUAUGUCUUCGACUGGAAUAUGUUGAAGUUCGGUAAUGGUAGACAACCGGCACUUCCAUCGGCACAACAACCACCGACGCAUUCUCAGCCCACUAAUGCUGCAAUACCAUCCGGGGCCAAUAACGAUCAGGAACAUCGAUCGAGCCUCGGGUACCGGCGGUCAGGAACGAAGAGUGAGCAUGCGGUUGCAUCGCGUGAAUGCAGCUGCGGCCGCAGCUGCCGGGGAGAUGGCACCGAGGUCCAAGAAGCGCCAAUGCGACGGCAAUGGCCCCACCGCCGCUGGUGGUCAGGCGGGCAAGCGUUCAACACAACAAGUGAAUCAGCAGCAAGCCAAGAACCAUCAGAGUUCAUCGGGGGUCACGGCCAGCCGACACUCCACGUCCACGUUGCCACCGGGCAAUCGUCAAGCACGCAAGUAACCUGCUUUAUCUCACGAGAAGGACGAAGACGACGCAGAGGACCAGGACGAUGAUGAUAGUGAUCAUGAUUAGAUAUCGAUAAUGAUGAUUAUUAUGAUGAUUAUAACGAUGAAGAUUACAAAAGUGAUGACUAUGAUAAUGAAGGACUCAUUAUCCUUUGAAUAUUAUCGACGGAUCGACACCCUGAUAGUAGAUGCAGCAGGUGGGGGCUUUGCGAGAACCACGUGGAAUGUGUAGAUUAAGAGACUGGAGGAUGUGGAAUGUGAGAUGCAGACGUGAGCCGGGGUCACGUGACGUGGUUUUGUAAAAUUUUUUAAAACUUCUACCGCCCUACGUGCUGGCGUGUAUUUAUUUUGAAAGUCAAACUUUUGCACUCGUGCGUACUGCUAGCGCUAUUUGUAACGAAUCGUUGACGUUGGAAUACUUGAGGUUGUUGUAUGAAAAUAAAAGAGUGAAAGGGAGAGAGAAAGAGAGAUAGACGUAUAAUCGCAAAGAACAGUCGGGAUGAAUGAAGAGGUAAUUUGGAUUGAGUAUUCAAACGACAGUGUUUAUAACGACCGUUCUAGCAUUACCGAAUCAUCGUCUAGCGAUGGCAGGUUAAUUGAAACGCCAUGAAAGAGAGAUAAAGAAAAUCUCCAAUUUUCAUCUACCGUUAUGACAGUUCGCCUUUUUUAUACGACGCCGAUCAUUCACCAGAGACUAGACAGCUGCGUUGUUAGAGCAUUGGUCUGCGUGUGCGUAUGUACGUCAAUGAGCGAUUGUUUAACUUUGUGACGAUGAGUAAUUAUGCGCAUUUGUUGUAUCAUACCAAGACCGGGAGAGUGUGCAAGACAGGAUUAUAGAAGGAAGGAAGUGAAAUUCAAAGUUUAGGAAAGAAAUUUAGUUGAGCUAAUGGUUGAGGAUAUACGAAGAUGAUUAUGUUGACUCCGGUGAAUCAUUGUUGAGAGCCUCGAAGCGACCCUUGGCAAAUCUGACAACCCGGUGCACAUGCACAAUAAGUUCAUAGUACUAGGAUAAAUAAGUUCGGUAUGUGAACCUGGGGUAGCGGUGGCCAUAGUCAGGGUAACUCGUGGAGCAAUUUCUCCAGGUGGUCGUACUCUGGGUUCUGGUAACGAAGGUUGAUUUACUUACAUGGCGGAUUGGAUGAUAGUAACCUGGAAGUUGUUGGCCUUCUUGUACCUGACCCACAAUCCCGUCUUGUAUAAAAUAAAGUAAUGACGCAAUUAUACAUCUAAUGAGAAACAAAAAAAAAAAUAACAAAACGUGAUAAAAAGUUAUAUAUAAAUAUAUUAUACCGACACGUGUUUUUUCUAUGUAUUUUCAUUUUCAUUUUACUUCUCCGUGUCUCUUAUUCUCAAUCUUUUUUAUUAUUAUUAUUAUUAUUAUUAUUUUUCGUCGAUAGGUACCACUGCGUUGUUAUAUGCGGUUACGCUUUAAAGUGAAUAGAAGAAAUAGUUAUGAAAUGCGUAAACUAUGUGAGAAGCACUCGAGCGAAUCUACUCGAGAUUUGAAGAUAAUCUUUUCGCGCCACGCGUUUCGCAUCUUUUAAGACAUUUACUUGUCUCGAGAUUGUGAUUAGAAUUUUUUUCUUAUUGUCUCCCAUUACGUCUUUUGUUUGUUCUUCCAAAAAAAAAAAAGAAAAAAGAAAAUCGAAAAAUCCAUUUCCGUGACUUUCAUCUAUAUAAGAUUUUCACUCUUGCCAUUUCACCUGCUAAUUCAUAUGCGAUGGCACUGCCAAAACGCUUUGCAGCGUCCGUUUUCCCACAUUUGCGUUGGACACUUUGAUACUGUUUUUUACAUCAAUCAAACAUUGCUCUUCUUCGUUUUACAUGGCAGCCUCGCGACGCGCACAGCUUGCCGUACAAAAUGAUUCUUUUUGGCGAACCGCGUCGUCAGCCACAACUUUACACAUGAACUUUACUCAAAAUAUAAUUUUACGAGGGAGGUAGAGCGAUAGGAUAAUUUUACGUUUGGAGAGGGCACGCGUUUCCGAGUGUAAAGCCAAGAGGGUUGAGUUAACGAAUAUAAUGAAAAAUGAAAUGAUUUUUGUUCCGAAAAAAAAUUGUUCGCGUUAGACGUGAAUCAAGUAGUUCAAAUACGACUUUCAUUGUUAUAUAGUUCCUGCAUCAUAGAACCUGUUAAUUUGUUCUUUUUGUUUUUGUUUUUUAAAAGAAAAGCGCAUUUUAUUACGUGCGACUCGUCCGCGCGCGCGCCUGUCUGAAUGUAGCCAGAAUUGUGCGAGGAUUGAAACUUCUUGCCGAGGUACGAGAGCCUUAUCGGCCUAUUAUGUAGGAAUGAACGAACGGUGUGCGAGGAAUUCUAAAAGGAAAGAAAAAAGAUGGAAAUUUACAAAGAGCAUAAAAGGAGCGUUUCCUGGGAGAAUCAUAAAAGAUUUUGCUCGAGUGCGUAUGGUGUGCGUCGUACGUAUGGAGUGUGUACGUGUAUCACGAUGAACAAUCCACGAGCAAGUGUUUUAGAUGUAUAACCGCUGUAUCGAGUCGAACGGUUUGUAUAUGUAUAUACAAUUAUUAUAUAAUCAAGUAAGGAGUUACAUAAUAAAGCAGGAUGUACCAUGAAAGCCGAUGCCGUGAGAAAGAGAGAGAAAGAGAGAUUGUGUGUGUGCGCGCGUAUGAGAGAGAGAGAGAACUAGAAAGUGUGUAUGCGAAGAAAAAGGAACAACGAGAAAGAUGGAUAAGGAUUGAGGAAAAAGGUUUAUGCUAAAAGAAAAUUUUAAGAAAUUACGAAAAGGAAGUAGACGUUGAGAUGCAAUGUAUGUUUACGUGUAUUGUUUAAAUUGGAGCUUUAUAGUUAUGCGAGUUGAGAUGAUCUGUAUGCAGGGGAAUUAAGCAAAAAUAGCCUAUUCACAAUGAUCUCGUAAAUGCAAUGUUUUGUAAUUAUUUAUCAGUUUAUAUUAAUGUAGUGCUUGUGGUCGCUACGUAGUCACGUCCACUUUUUGUUUACUCCACCCGGCUGGUUGAUGCGCGCAGUUACGCAGUAGACGCUCGCAUCCCAUUGAUUGACAGACAUUGCUUCAGUACUUUUGCAAACUAAGAAAUUUUAAGGGAACUUUUAUUAGAUGUUUUUGCUUUUUCCGGCUCUACGUCUCUUCGUUUCAAUAUAUUCGCUUCAAAGAAUUCAGGGAGAUUAAAGAUAAUGCUACUCGAAAUAUUAAUCUAUAUUCGUUUCUUAACACUCUUUUAUAUAUUACAACAAAAUCAUGAUAAGUUUAAAGUUUAGAAAUGAAAAAGGAAAAAUCCUUUUCUAUGAAAGACUCGAAGAACUUGGUAUGAUUAUGGUGUGAAUGCGUGAGUAGAAUGUCGCGAGAAAUUGCCCGAAAGCGCAAAAAAAAUCCUUAAAAAAAAAUACAGGAAUACCUAUCUACUGAAGUAUAAUCCUUCGGGAUGUGAUGAAAUCAAUUUUUUUUUGUGAA